CUUCUCACUUUCUUUCCACCUAAACUUCGUUGUAGCGCAAGCACUUUUCCCACCAGACACUUUAUUCUCAGAACGUACACAACCGAUGUACUCUUCAAACUGUAUUUUUCCUCCCCCACCCCGCCUGCGGCCUGCCUCUAUCUUUAAAUAGAAUUUGAUGAAUUCAUCAAAAAAAAAAAAAAACAGAAUUUGAUGAAGAUUUGAACACUGUUAACUAUUUUAAUUAGAUUAACUCUGGGAAAACUAAAAAGUGUUGCGUGCGUCGGUGAUUCUGUCUUUUGUCUGGAAUUUCGUUAUGCCCGAGAGUGGCCCGUGUUGCGUAUCGUCCUGGGUGUUCGAACAUCAGGUUUAAAUGUUUGCGUGUAUGAAAUUUUGUUAAGAAGGCUUCUUAUUAGAUCAAGAGAAACCUUUCUCCGUCAUCAUUUGAAGGCUUAUUAUUAUAUUGAUGAAUUGAUGGAGAUACGUUUGAGAGAUAGAUCUUCAUAAUUUUCUUGGAUGUGUAAAGAUGGAGGAAAAACAAAUGAUCACUCAGUAUCGGGAGAGGUUGGACAAGACACUUUCGUCGCCGGAUCUGACAAAUGAAGAGACACUUAAAACCUUAGUCAAGAAUCAACUCCUUCAUUCUUUAGAAGAUGGAACUGAAGGAUGCAAUCUGAAAGUAAUUGAAAGAAGGACUGCAGAAGUAUCAUAUUUCCUUGACAUGUUGAGGAGCGCUUCCACAGAUGAUAAUGAGGGAUUGAACGCCAGUGAGAGAUCACAUGCUGAAUGGAAGUUAAAACAAGACAGUAAAGACUUUCGUGUUAUGUAUCGUGAAGGUCCGGAAGGCACUCCCUUUCAUACAUUACUUGCUGAAGGCUUUGUAGAUGGGCCUGUAGAUGUUUGUUUAUGCAUCUCAUGGGAGUCAAUCCUCUACAAGAAAUGGUGGCCUCAGUCUAGUGUUCCGACUUUCAAAAUCCUCUCUUGCAAAUGUUUGCAAAAGGUUCAGAUUGGUGAACAGAUAUGCUCAGUGAGGAUGAAGGUUCCUUGGCCACUGUCAACAAGGGAGGCCAUUGUACACUAUUUUAUGUUUGAGUACUUUCAAGAUGAUCUCAUUAUUGUUCUUCUAAACACGAUCUCUCAUUCAGAAAGCAUUGAUAGUAUUACUCAUGGUUUCACCAGUGAGGGGAUCCCUGAAGAAAACGAUGCUGUUAGGAUUGAUGUUAUAGGAGGUUUUGCUUUGCAAAAGGUGGCUCCAGAAAGAAGUUACUUUCGGACAAUAACAAAUAUGGAUAUCAAGCUUGACUUUAUCCCUCCAUCCCUUAUAAACUUUGUCUCAAGGCAGCUCGUCGGCAAUGGUUUCAGACUCUAUCAAAAGGUAGUGUCUUCUAUGUCGAGCGACAAAGAUUUUGUCAUGGCCUUGGGGGACCCGUUGUAUGGUAAAAUACGUGAUGUUCUUUAUCCCAUUGAUGUACCAAAAAGGGCUGUGAAAGGAGCAGAGAUUAAGGCUGAUACAUGUCUUCUCCCUAAAGAACAUCUUAUUGUAAGUAAGCAGGAUGACUUGAUGGAUACAAGUCAGGAGGUUCACAACAAUUACCAUGCGAACGAAUCUGAGCCAGAGAGUGAAAGAGUUACAGGUGGGAAAGCUUUUGGAGAGAUCGAAGAAGAAGAGAAUGAAGAAAACAGUCAUUUUGAGGAGGAUAGCAAGGACAUCGAUCAUAUUUCAACCAAGGAAUUUGGAGAAAGGUAUAAUGUAAACGACACAAAAAAUAUUUUAAUCAGACCUGAGGUGGAGCAAGCUCUAGGAACAUUAGAGAAGAUCAUCUUGGUUGUUCGGGAAUAUGGAUUUAAUGCCCAACGUGGGAUCUCUUCUGGCUUCAACGGUAAAGAACCUCCAAAUAGGGAAGAGGGUCUGACAACACACUCAAAUUCUUCUAACCCCAAGAGUGUCAUUGAUGAUGAGGUUAGUCUUGAAGUGCCAAAAACGGAAAUAGUCAACCAGACUUCGCAAGACCAACCGAGGAAUAGCGUUAGCAAUCACAGCUUCAGGCAUGCGGGAUCAAAUUCUCUCUUAAGGGAAGCAAACCAUAACAAAAUAGCACCAGCAUCACCGGAACAACAUCUUUUGGUUCCUGGUGAGGGCCCCCAGGUUGCUUUGGGUUCCUCCUCAAACAGGACAACAGAAGUGCAGACUUUGGACGAGAGUUCGUAUGAUAUUAAGCAAAUGAGCACCAAGGCAAAUGGCAUCCAUGAAAUGAGUCUUAACCGAGAAGAGAAGUCAAGCAGGCAGAAAAAGAAUUGGCUAUGUUGUUUCAGCACGGGAGGUUAGUUGGAAAGGCAUCACGCAACAGCUAAUUCCGAGAGAGGUUUUGUAACAUCUUGUGCGGGAAUAACAGAUAACUUGUAUAAUAGUAAUACAUUCUAAUAUACGUUCUUAGUUUUGUUCUAAAUUUCUUAUAAUUUUGGCAAAUGGGCUACCAUAAAAGUUCGUGCUUUUAACUUUGAUAA